AUGUUACCAUUACUGUUUCUGGUACUCUUCCUUUGUAUAGAUCCAGAAUUUCAACCAGUAGCAUCUUCUGCAUGGAAGACUCCCUUUAGUACUUCUUGUAGUUCAGGAAGUGGAAAAACUCUUGCCUUUGCCAUUCCAAUGAUCCAUGCAGUACUGCAGUGGCAGGUGAAGAAGAAGCCUACUCCAGCUCCAAGUGACACAGGAGCAUUACCUGGUGAGACCAGAACCGAGGCUGGAACUGAGUCUGGAGUUUUGCCUGAUGAGAUUGGAAUUGAGGGUGAAGUCCUGCCCAGUGAAGCUGAAGUGAAGGCUGGAGCACCACCCAGCAAGGUCAAGACUGGAGCUGCUGUCUCAGACCAGGUGCUGCCCUUCUGUGAUGAUGAUGCUGGUGAAGGACCUUCUUCUCUGAUCAGGGAGAAGGCCAUCCCCAAACAGGAUGAAGACAAAGAGGAAACGCUUGAUGAAGAGGAGACUGGAAGGUUGAAGCAAGAGUUGGGUGGCAAAAUCGCCAUCUGUAAAGCACAUCCAAAGCGCCCUCUGCUUGGGCUGGUUCUGACUCCCACUAGGGAGCUCGCUGUCCAGGUCAAGCAACACAUUGAUGCUGUGGCCAAGUUUACAGGAAUUAAAACUGCUAUUUUGGUUGGUGGAAUGUCUGCGCAGAAACAGCAGAGGAUGCUAAACCGCCAGCCACAGAUUGUGGUCGCCACUCCGGGCCGGCUGUGGGAGCUAAUUAAAGAAAAGCACCCUCAUUUGAGCAACCUUAGGCAGCUCAGGUGCCUGGUGGUCGAUGAGGCUGAUCGGAUGGUUGAGAAAGGCCACUUUGCUGAGCUCUCACAGCUGCUAGAGAUGCUCAGUGACUCCCAGUACAAUCCAAAGAGACAGACGCUUAUUUUUUCUGCGACACUGACCCUGGUACAUCAAGCUCCUGCUCGAAUCCUUCACAAGAAGCACACUAAGAAAAUUGACAAAACUGCCAAAAUUGACCUCCUCGUGCAGAAGAUUGGCAUGAGGGGCAAGCCCAAGGUCAUUGACCUGACCAGAAAUGAGGCCACAGUGGAGACACUGACAGAGACCAAGAUUCAUUGUGAGACUGAUGAGAAAGACUUAUAUCUGUAUUACUUCCUAAUGCAGUAUCCAGGCCGCACCUUAGUGUUUGCCAACAGUAUCUCCUGCAUCAAACGCCUCUCUGGGCUCCUCAAAGUCCUGGAUAUCAUGCCACUGACCCUACAUGCCUGCAUGCACCAGAAGCAGAGGCUCAGAAACCUGGAGCAGUUUGCCCGUCUGGAAGACUGUGUUCUCCUGGCAACUGAUGUGGCGGCGCGGGGCCUGGAUGUUCCCAAAGUCCAACAUGUCAUCCAUUACCAGGUCCCUCGCACCUCGGAGAUCUAUGUCCACCGAAGUGGUCGAACGGCUCGUGCCACUAAUGACGGUCUCAGCCUGAUGCUGAUUGGGCCUGAGGAUGUGAUCAACUUUAAGAAGAUUUACAAAACCCUCAAGAAAGAUGAGGACAUUCCACUGUUUCCUGUGCAGACAAAGUACAUGGACGCAGUCAAGGAACGAAUCCAUUUAGCUCGACAGAUUGAGAAAGCGGAGUAUCGGAACUUCCAGGCUUGUCUGCACAACUCCUGGAUUGAACAGGCAGCAGCUGCCCUUGAGAUUGAGCUGGAAGAAGAGAUGUAUAAGGGAAGAAAAACUGACCAGCAAGAAGAGCGUAGGAGACAAAAACAGAUGAAGGUCCUGAAGAAGGAGCUGCGCCAUUUACUCUCCCAGCCGUUGUUCAAAGAGGACCUGAAAACGAAGUAUCCAACUCAGUCUGGCAAGCUGCCCACGCUCAUGUCUACCCCAAGAAACGGUGAGUCUGCCUUGAGCUGCCUCACCAAACAGAAGAAGCAGCAGAAGAAGCCGCCAAAAGGGAAGCAGCAGAAACAACCGCAGCCAAGUACAAGUGCAAAUUAACUGAGCUCCAGGUCAGUCUGUUAGUGACUGCACAGUGUUUCUGUGUUCUCUGGUUAUGUGGAAAAGCUUCCCACUUUCCCUUUCACUCCACUGUCAACCCGGUUAUAAAAAUCUCCCUCUUCCAUGCCAGCCCCCGUCGCAAGAGAGACCUCAUGCACAUUUGUGUUGUUUUGGAGUAAGAAUUCUAUGCAGCAGCUUAUAUAUUUCUGUAUUCCAGUGUGUAUAGGCUUCUUAUAUGUUUAGCUUGUUUUCGUCAAUUAAAAGUAGUCAGAACCA